UUCGGUGUGCUCUGUGUCAUACAGUACAGUUUUUCUGAUCAUUGGAUCAUGGCAGACUGAGAAGGACAGAGGGGAAAUUGUUCGUGUUUGUUUUCCCCUCCAUUGUUAGUCAGGGAUGACAGAAUUGGGUGUGUCCGGGUGGUAAGUCACAGCAAACUGCCUGCUGAGUUCAAUUAGAUGUUACAGAAUCUGUGGAGUAGAGUUUACCCGAGGAGAUUGCAUGAGCAUCAGCCUUUUUGACGUACAGUAUGGAGAUGUUAAGUAAACUAACUGUUCCUGCAGGUAAAAAAUAUCGACAGCUUCAGAAGAUGGUGCAGGAUAUCAAGAAGAACGAUGGCAGUAUUCUGGACAAAUUUAGAAGAUUAAAAAGUAAACCUGCUCCAAAAGUACCUGCAAGAGACUAUCCUGGUGACCAGGAUGAUCACUGGUCUGAUAAUGAGUUUGAUAGUGACACUUAUGAGGACCCACAGGAAGACCAAGAUGACAGCUAUGAGCCUCCUCCGAGUCACAGGCUCUUCACCCCCAAUCCCUCCGUCACCUCCUUGUCAAAAGAGGCCUACCUCGACAGCUGCAACCACAGGCCGAGUCCCUCUCCCCGGAAGCCCACCCGCCCCCUGAAGACCUUCAAACCCCUGCUUCCAAAGCCUCAGCAGGCAGACUGCGAUAAUGAAGACAGACCAGAAAGUGAUGAAGACAACUAUAUAGAACCCACACAGCCUCUUCCAGAGAGGCCAGACUCUGAUGUGUAUGAAGUCCCAAGCUUUGAGGAAGACAACCCAACAGUAAGCAGUAGACCCUCAGGUCUUAGAGCUCCUUCACAGACUCUACCACCGAAGGCCAGCCCCAGAUUGCAUAUUAAGAAACCGCAACCGUUUCCCGCCAAAGUACAGCAGCCAGAAAGUGAUGAAUAUGAAGUGUGUGACCGAGAUAAUGACGUUAAAUCCAAUGAGGAACCUAUACGUGUUGCUCCAAAACCACUGCCCAGAGAGCGGCAUGCUGCAAAACCCUCUCUCUCAUCAAAGCCAUACUUACCUUCCAGAGAGCAUGAAGGGUCAACACUUCCCAUGAGAACCACUAGUCAAACACCCUCCACUGCAUCACUGCCAUCCGAAUUCAAACGACCCAAGAUUCCUCUGCCACAGCUGUUUAACUCCCACAAACACAGGGUAAAUUUGCCAGAGGAAAAAGUUGCCAGAAGAAAUGUGUCUAUCACUGAAAAUGGGUCAAAAGACGAUGAGAGGGCUGACAUCCUAAAUAAACCCUGGUACGCAAGUACAUCCGACCGCAAGAAAGCAGAGGAUGCGUUGAUUCGCUCUGAUAAGGAUGGGUCCUUCCUGGUGAGGAAGAGCUCUGGUCAGGACACCCAGCAACCAUACACACUGGUGGUGUUCUACAAUAGCAGGGUCUACAACAUCCCAAUCCGUUACAUCCAGGUGUCCCAGCAGUACGCUCUUGGGAGGGAGAAGAAAGGAGAAGAGUGUUUCCACAGUGUCUCUCACAUGAUAGAGAACCAUCAGAGGCAUCCCCUGGUGCUGAUUGACAGCCAGAGUAACAGCAAGGACUCCACCAAACUGAACUAUGUGGUGAAGCCUUAGGCAGAUGUUUACUGCCAUUGCUGAACAAGCUGGACUCAAUGUUCUCCCCAUCCACUGAGUAUUUAUGCUGAAAAUUAUACUGAAAUACCAAAACAUCUUAAAUUAACAGUAAUGAGAGGUGGUUCAAGAUCCAAAGUUUAUGGGAUUCAACCAACAGCCAAUAAGUAGAAAUGCAGUAUUUUGUGUUAAAUGAAAGUCUUAAGUGUUUUUUCAAAGUGGACACCAACACACAUUAAUUGAUUGUCAAAUCAUUUGCAUGUAUUUAUCUGUACAACAUAAAAUACUAUAAGACGAGACUGAACAAGAUUAAA